UGAAUUUGUGAAAGUCAGCAGGAAGUUUAGGAGUUUUCUUCCAUUUACUGUUCGUACAACGAGUUCCGGUGUCGGCAACAGUGCCGAAGCCGUAUAAUCCUUCACAGCUAAAACAAAACCGAAGAGAAUGGUAGCAGUUGCUUGGAGGUCUUUGUUGCCUGUAAUAAUAAUCUCUACUUUCAUAGUAUACGAAGAGUGGGUCUCAUUUCCUUCUUGCAAACUCCUUCCAAAUACCACCUUCAAUCUCGAUGAACAUGUCGGGAACGACGAUGAUUCGCCUGAGGAUCUUAAGGUUAUGUUGGUUGCCAACUUGCUCUUGCGUGGCACUGAAGCUGGUUUCUUCGACCUCUAUUUCAGAUAUUAUUACAUGUCAAAGUUUUUCAAGAAAUCUUUCCAGAGUUUGAACCCUGAUAUGCUACUAGUCUUAGGUGAUGUUUCUGCAAAAGGGUCAGAGUUGUCAAGAAGUACAUGGUUAUCGGUGCUUCAUCAGUUUAAUCACAUCUUGGGACCGUUUCUUGACCUCCCUUUACACGUUAUUCUUGGUGACAGGGAUGUUGGAGAGUGUAGUGGUCUUGAUGCAAAUUCUGUUAAUUGGAUAACUAGUAAUUUUCCAGGACUGGAUUCAUCGGGAUGUGGUGCUUUUGAAAUUAGCAAUAUCAGCUUUGUUUCACUUAAUGCUGUGGCAUUGCUUUGUGGUAACAAUAAACUUCUGUUUGAUGUUGAGAAGGUAAUAGAAAGGGAAAGUGUAGAUCUGCAAAUGGAAAUAAAAGGCACAGAUGAAGCAAAGAAUGAGUCUGCUAUGUUUAGGGAGCUGUCCUAUGGCUUUAGUUGGAGAGAAAAUGCUAUGACAUCUGGUUCUGGUCCUGUCCUAUUACUUCAUUUUCCCUUGUACCAGUCAGGAAACUCCUAUAAAAGGGAAGUUAGUACUUUCAAGUCUACCAUUGAUCCAUCAGGACAUGAUCCAGCUUCAGCAGAGAGCAGAGGCUUUUUGGGGACUGGCCCUUAUGGUCUAUCACAGACUGUCCCGCCAAACGCUACUGAAUACAUUUUUCAUGCUCUUAAACCUAGAUAUGGCUACAGGAAUGAAAGUAAUGAUGAUAGGAUCAUUUUUAGUGCCCACACACAUGAAUUUAGUGACCACACUCACCUAGAUGGGACCCGUGAGGUAACAGUCCCAGCCAUGUCAUGGACAGUGAGGGAUGAUCCAGGUUUUAUUAUUGCAACCUUCCGAGGGAACAGAAGUACAGUAAGUGUCACCUAUUGCUCUGUCGCUAGGGAAUCUCAUAUAUUAACAGCCUAUACUUCUGCUCUGAUUCUGUUUCUACUCCUUGUUAUUGUAUCAAAUACACUAGAAUUGAAAGGUUUAAGUUGAUGAUUGUGGAAUACCUCCCAAACAUUCGCAUUAUUCACAUCAGUGCCACAUUUCACAUUUUUACUGGCCUAGUAGCGCUUCAGCAAACAGACUUAACAGAGUUGGUGACUUGACUACAUAAUCUAAUCAUAUUUCAGGGGCCACAUUAAACAAAAUCUCUGUUCAGGGGCAAAAUA